CCACCUCUUCCACCUCAAAUGAGAGGUGUGUGACCCUUAGUCCUUACGGUUGACCCUAGUAUAAACCCUAAACCUUAUUCUUCACACCAUCUUCAUGCAGUCGCGUAAACACUUCUUCCCCUCUUCUCUCGCUCCGUUGAGGUCAAUCCAUGGCACUCUGGUGCGACGAUUUGGAACCCCCACCACCACCCAACUUGGCAUCUUCCUCAACCCUAGUCAAACACGCUCUUUCUCCUCCGUUUCUCCCACCGUUGUUGUUCCUAGUCCCACGCCCACUACAUUCCCACCCCCAAUCACUGAGUGUUAUAGGAAACAGAAUACGGAGGAUCUUCUUCGUUCGACCACCGCUCUCCCAUUCCGCCAUCUCGAACUUGGCCGUCUCCCCGCUCCCACAGGCGUGGCCUCGCUUCUUGGCCGUCAGGGUCGCUCUUCUUCACUCUGCUUGCCACGAAAAUUUUCAACAUCUCGAGAUGAGGAGAAGGAGAAUGAGGAGAGAUAUGGGAAAAAGUUCCCCAAUUCCUUAAAUUGGAGAUCUAUAACUGGGGUUAAGGUAAAGGAUCAAGGCUUCAUCGAACCACAUUCAAAUUCCUGUGCCGCAUACUCAAUUUCCACGAUACUGGAAAUUUACCAUAAGUUGCAAACGGGCAAGUCGGCAGAACUCUCGGUUGAUAGGAUUGUGGAGGAGAAUCCAGAUGGGACUCAUUUAUAUAAUGUCUUACAUUUCGCUGCUCAACACGGCUUUGAGUACACCAAAAGCCCUGUCAAUUCUGGUAAUGGAAGGGUUUUACGGGUAAAAAGUCACAAAACCUCAUUCGUUAAACCUGGCAAUAGGAUUCUCACACUCACCAACCCGAGAACUAUUGUGGGUGAUCUAACGCUGGCUGAUCGAACUGAGAUAGCAAUUGAGCCAGAUGAUGACUGACUGUUUCAGCUGGUCUCUAAGCACGCUGUGGCGGUUAGCUUAUGCUUACCGAAUGAUAAAGUUUGUGCCCAUAGAGAGGGUAUUUUUGAGGCUGAAUAUCCAUCUCAAACCGAACAAGUGCAACAUGCUAUGGCUCUCAUCGGUUACGAGGAGCAUUGUUGGCGGCUCCAGAAUAGCUAUGGAACGCUUCUAGAGCCCGACGGAGAUAUUUUGAUGUCCCGAAAUACCCUGAUGAAACUAAUGCAUUAUGUGUCAUAUCCCACUGCCGAAUUAAUAUAUAUUUGAUUGAACCAAAACCUGUCUCGACCCUCGUGAACCAGAGACUUCACUGCCAUUGGACAUGCAUCAUGGGAUGGAAGUUCGCCUGGGUCUAUCUAAAGGACCAGUGAACCUAAGUAUUGUAUAGUUCAGUUUCACUGUUAUUCUAGUACCAAAAAUAUGAGAGUAAUUUUUAAUUGAAGCUUUUUGUUAUUGAUUAGAAGGAAAGUGUCCAAGGAACAUGCAAGUUUAUUCAUAGACUUAUGUUUUCCUUGUAACAUGUUUGAAUCAGUUUGUUUUUCCCAUAAAUUACUCACAGAAGCUUUUCCCCA